GGCUCAUCAUACAUUCCAUUAUCAAAUUAUAUUAAGAAUAAAAAGGCAGUCAUCAAUCCCCAAAACUCGGACCAACAGUGCUUCAAGUGGGCAAUCUUAGCAAGACACGUUAUGGGCAAUAACAAAACUAUUGUAACUGAAAAUUAUACAUCGCUCGAGGACAAUUAUAAUUUUUCUGGUUUAUCAUUCCCGACACCCAUCACAGAAAUAAAAAUAUUUGAAAAAAAUAACCUGAACACGUCUGUCAACGUUUAUGGAUUAAAAAAAGAAAAUAAUAAGAAACAUAUGAUUUUCCCACUUAAAGUUGUGGAUGAAGAAAAAAAAGAUCAUUUCGAUCUUUUACUAAUUACUGUCGGAGAUAAAAACCACUACACAUACAUCUCUAAUUUUUCCCGGCUUAUUAGAUCACAAAAAACUGGACAUAACGACUCUGUUGUAUUUUGCAAACGUUGCUUCACAUCGUAUGAUAAUCGACCUUUGAAAAAUACACUAUGUGGGCAAGCAGCACUUGAUCAACAUAAAUUGAUAUGUGGGUCGCAUAAACCAAUUUUACCUCAGAUGCCUGAGCCCGGUUCAAUGUUGGAGUUUAGCGCAUGGAACAAAACACAACGCCACCCCAUAGUUAUUUAUGCCGACUUCGAGGCGCUUCUCGUUAAAUGUAACGAGAAAAAGGGAAAAAAUACUACUGUAAUUCAAAAUCAUGAGCCUAUGAGUUAUGGUUUUUUCGUAAAGGUCGAUGACCACAUACCAAAAGAACUGCUUGAAGAAUUUGAAAUACCAACAUCGCCAGUUAUAUACCGUGGAAGUAAUGAAAAUAAAGAGGUAGCAAAACAUUUUGUACAAAGUAUUGUGGAAAUAGCAGAAAAAAUAGACAAACUGCUCAAAACCAACACACCAAUUAUAAUGACACCGGAACAGCGACGCACACAUGAUGUAUGUACAACAUGUAAUUUAUGCAAAAAGGGAUUUUCCAAAGAAAACCAUAAAGUAGCUGAUCAUUGUCAUCUAUCAGGCAAAUUUAGACAAACUUUAUGUAAUUCAUGUAAUCUCAAGCUUCAACAACCAAAUUUCGUACCGGUUUUCUUUCACAAUUUAACCAACUAUGAUGCUCACUUUUUGGUAACUGAACUUGGAUAUGACACGAGCACAAUUUCUGUAAUACCAAACAGCGAGGAGAAAUUCAUUUCGUUUUCGAAAUAUAUCAACAACUCCUUCACAAUUAGAUUUAUAGAUACAUUUAGAUUUAUGGCAUCCAGCUUAUCGACGUUAGCCAAAAAUUUAAUAACGCCCGAGUUCGAGAAGUUCAGAGAAACCGCAAAAGCAUUCAAGCAUAAUGAUAUGAACCUUGUCACACGUAAAGGUGUAUAUCCCUACGAGUUUACCGAUAGUUGGAGCAAGUUGGAGGAGACCCAUUUGCCUAAGAAAGCGGAUUUUUAUAGUACGUUGACUGAAGAAUAUAUAUGCGAUAGUGAAUACGAACACGCAAUCUCAGUAUGGGACCAUUUCAAAUGCAAAAACUUGGGAGAAUAUUCAGACUUAUAUCUUAAAAUCGACAUAAUGAUGUUAGCUGAUGUGUUUGAGAACUUCCGAGACCUUUGUUUAGCAACAUACGCCCUAGAUCCAGCAUUCUACUACACUUGUCCAGGCUUCUCUUUUGAUGCGAUGUUGAAACAUACUUCAAUGAAGCUCGAACUACUUCAUGACUAUGAUAUGUUGCUGAUGAUCGAAAAAGGUAAUGAUAUAAUAUUUUAUAAUAUUAUAAUGUUAUUAUUUAAUAAUAUAUGAUUUUUUUAUAGGUAUACGAGGCGGUCUUACACAAGCAAGUAUGAGAUACGCCAAAGCGAACCACAAAAAGACUCCAG